AUGAGCUGUCAGAGGACCAGUCAUAAGCGGCUGUCUCUGCUAUGGGGGGGGGCUCUCAGCCUCUGGCUCUGCUGCUGCUGGAGCUCCGGGGCCGCCGCAGGGCCAGGAGACGGUGGCCCCGGGCCCCUGGGCUGGCUGCUGUCCGAUAAAGGGCCCUUCCAGCAGGCGGUGGAGUUCACGGAGGCUGCGGAGAGGUACCAGCAGGGCUUCAGCACCCGAUACAAGAUCUACAGGGAGUUCGGUCGAUGGAAGGUCAACAGCCUGGCGGUGGAGAAGCGGGAUGGUUUGGGUGGCAGCGGGGGCCUGGCUCUGCCCCUCGACCCCGACUUCAUGCACACCAUCCGCCAGCUGGGGAGGCGGCCCACCCUCCAGACCAUUACUGAGAGUCUAAUCAAGAAAUAUGGCACCCACCUCCUCCUCUCCGCCACUCUCGGAGGGGAGGAGUCUUUGACAAUAUUUGUGGACAAAAGGAAGCUCAGCCAGGAGUCUUCGUCGGCGGGGGGCGAUGGCAGCCGUAACAGCAACAGGAACUCCAACACGUCGGGGACGGUGACCCUGGAGGCCCUCCACCAGCUAGCCGCCUCCUACUUCACGGACAGAGAGAGCACACUGCGCAGGCUGCACCACCUCCAGAUCGCAUCCACCGCCAUCCGGGUGACAGAAACCAGAACCGGGCCGCUCGGAUGCAGCAACUAUGACAAUCUGGACACAGUCAGCUCUGUUCUCGUUCACAGUCCAGAAAACAAGGUUCAACUGCAAGGGCUGCAGGUCAUCCUACCGGGCUACUUGCAGAGCAGCUUCAUUCAGGCGGCUCUCAACUACAUCGGCUGUAAAUCUGAGGGCCAUUUUGUGUGCCAAAGCAGCGACUGCUGGUGUGAGUGCAGCGCGGACUUCCCCCAGUGUAACUGUCCUCUCUCUGACCUGCAAAAUUUGGAAAGCAACCUGCUGCGCUUCAGAGACAAUCAGAGGGUUACUUACCAGGAGUUUGAAGAAUCAGAGGAGUUCCAAAGCUUUGUUGGGAAACUGCCAACCCAUUACGCUGUGAACACAUCUGUGGUGGAACACAUGUGGAGGACGGACGGCAGCCUGCUGCAGCGCCACCGGCAGCUGGAGGCCGGCAGCAGCCAGCUCCUGGCCAAAGCCCGCCGCACCGUUAACAAGCUCUUCAGCCUCAGCAAGAGGUGCCGAAAACAGCCCAAAAUAGUCCUGCAUAGGGCGAGGCCUCUGCACUUCUGGUUGAGCUACUCCCUCUCCAUUUUAUACUGCAGCGAGAACCACCAGGUUGGUGUUUACAGUGAUGAGAGCCGCAGCUGCUCCUGCCCCUACUCCCACCCCCCAUGCCAGGGCCUCAUUCCCUGCUCUGUGGGCGACGGUACCCGCUGUGCCUCCUGCUCUGCGGAGAACAGGACCCGAUGCUCCAGCUGUAACCUCGGCUUCACCCUCACCCAGGGAGCCUGCCGCCCUGCCGUGCCCGACCCUACGGACCCCUACCUGGGGUUAGAAAGCGACCGCGACCUGCAGGAUCUGGAGCUGCGCUUCCUGCUCCAGCGGCGCGACCCCCGCAUUGCUCUGCACGGCGUGUUCGUGAGCAACGACGUGCGGGUCAACACUUGGUUCGACCCAUCGUGGAGGAAAAGAAUGCUGCUCACCCUCAAGAGCAACCGGGUGAAGUCCAACCGCGUCCAUGUGCUGCUUGGACUGGCGCUGCAGUUUUGCCUCACCAGAAACAGCACUCUGGAGCCGGCGUUGUCUCUGUUUGUGAAUCCUUUCGGGGGCAGUCAUUCGGAAAGCUGGACCAUGCCUAUAGGUCAGCACGGAUACCCUGACUGGGAGCGAACCAAACUGGAUAUCCCCUUGGACUGCUAUAAUUGGACUUUAACUCUUGGAAACAGAUGGAAGAGCUUUUUUGAAACGGUACAUUUCUACCUGAGGAGUCGCAUUAGGGACCCCGCGGGAGCCAGCAAGAACACCACGGUGUACUACGAGCCUCUGGAGGCCAUCGAGCCGUUGAAUAACAUCGGCUACAUGAAAGUGAACAGCAUGCAGCUGUUCGGAUACAGCGUGCACUUUGACCCCGAGGCGAUCCAGGACCUGAUUCUGCAGAUAGACUACCCGUACACUCAGGGAUCACAGGACUCGGCCCUGCUGCAGCUCGUGGAGCUGCGCCUAAGGGUUAACCGGCUCUCGCCCCCAGGGGCCCCACACGUGGAUCUGUUUGCCUGUCUGCUCCGCCACAGGCUCAAACUGUCGAGCGCGGACGUGACCAGGAUACUCACGGCCCUGCAAGCUUUCAGUGCCAGGCAACCAAACCACACGGAGUACGAGGCGAACAAACUGUGUAGUUAAGGGCGAUUCUUUUGAUGUUUUGUACUAUUUCCUCUUGCCACAGAUAGGCCUGUAUCCUCUGUCAGCUGGAUCCAUUUGUGUCAAGUGUGUGGUAUGUUGUUCAAGGCUUUGUUGUACAUACACUAUGUGCAAUUAAAUUUGAUGUUUUCAUAA